UUACGCUACCGCUCGGCCAACAUAAUUCAGUCGACCCGCCACCAUCUUGGGUCACGACAGAGGAGAGAAAAAUCUGGUGUCAGGUGUGGGGUUGCAAAUCUGUGAAAUGAAAGAAUUCUGCGUGUAGUUGCAAAUUUGUGAAGUGUAAGAAUUCUAUGUGUAGUCGCAAAUCUGUGAAGUGUAAGAAUUCUACGUGUAGUUGCAAAUCGGUGAAGUGAAAGAAUUCUGCAGAUUUUAACCAAUACAGAUAGAGGAAAAACCCUUUGAGCACGACCAGCAAGAUGACCGGUAGCGACCAAGCGCGCUAUCGACAUUAGCAGAGUGGAGGACUGGCAACUGGUGUACGUGAUUAAGAGAGUGGGCCAUUCCCGAAGGAAGUCAUCACCAGGACGAUUUCCGACGCGAGGACGCCGGUUUACGACGCUUCCAAGAAGGCGUCUAUCCGACGAAGGUGGUUUCCCAUUGCUGUGCGGUACCAGGGCGAUUCCAAGAACGGGACGUCAUUCCAGGACGCGGGCAAAUAGGUGCCUGUCCGGUGGAGGUACUGAGCUGUUGUAGACGUGACGCCGUUAGACUGGCCAAUAGUCGGCAUCCGAGUCUGCGUUGCCAGAGGGUGUGUCCAGCUUCGCUUGAGAGGCAAGCGAGGCGUGAAGACAACCAUUGGAGGCGGGAGCAAUCUAGUGCACAAGCUUGACAUGCGACUCGAGACGCUGUUGAUUUUGAGCGCGACGUGCGUCGCCGUCGUCGCAGUAGACUUCACAGUCAAGAACUAUGAGGACACGCCCGGACUGUACUAUGAUCACAUAGGUCAGGUGCAACUAUACACUUCAGAAUGGAAGCUUGUAACGUAUGUAAACAUAUCGAAAUUGGAGACGACUUACAAUACGCUUGUAGAUUUUGUCGCUCAGACUGGAGCAAUGUGUAAAGAGUUGCCACCUGAAGCCAUUUCUACCUGUCAGUCGGACCUGUCCCUGAUGAAUCAGAGCGUACUGAGAAUUCAUAGAACGCGGCGCAUAAUUUCCGAAAUUACUAAGAAUAAAGAGGAGGAGGUAUUUCAUUCCGAUAAUACGCAUACACAUGCUAAAAGAAUUAAAAGAGGUGUUUUUAAUUUUAUUGGAACAGUUUCCAAAAUUUUAUUUGGUACUUUGUCAAGUGAAGACGCUGAUUAUUACCAAAACAAAAUAAGCGAAUUAGAGUCCGAGCAACUUUCAAUGCUAAAGGUAGCCAAGGAACAAAUGACUGUUGUGCGUUCCACAUUGCAGACGGUAAAUUACACAUUAGUCGAUAUUGCAGCCAAUGAACUGCAAAUUAACGAGAACUCUAGAACAAUGCAGAAACAAGUAAAUGAAAACGUGGAGAAGACAAACCAAGCGUUUUCGCAAACCACUCUUUUGAUUGCAACUAAUCAACACAUGAUAAUCAUUGAACAUUUAAUUGGUCAGCUGAAGGAAGGGUAUGACACGUUGUUAUUUGCAAUUAUUUUUGCACAGAAAGGAAUAUUAUCACCUCAAAUAAUCACCCCUGGAGAUAUUAUAAGAGCCUUUCAGGAUUCCCAUUCGAUCCUUCCACGUGACCUUUCCCUUCCUAACACCGCAAGAGUGGCUUACGAACAUGUAUUGAUGAACAUAAUUGAUAUUGAUGUGUUUCUAAAUAACAAUCUUUUGGGUUACGUCCUGAAGAUACCCUUAGUGAACAGUGCUGUGUUCCAUUUGUACAAACUGAUUCCAUUUCCCACGAAAGUUAAUAACAGUGAAAAUAUCUUCGUUUUCAUUGAAAGUGAAAAGGACUUUCUCAUGAUAGAUACAUUGAAACAAGUGUAUGUUAAACUGAAUGAAUUAGAAUUAGAUGAGUGUAAGGUUAUUUCGCCAGACUGGCGUGUAUGUAAACAGACAUUCCCUGUAAAAUCCACACAUGUUCACCAGGAAUGCGAGGUCAGGUUGUUAGAGCCCACUACAAGAAUUCCGUUAGACUGCAAAAGGAAAAUCAUUUCUCUUGAUGAUGUAACCUGGUUACCCCUUACUCAUAAUAAGUGGAUAUUUGCCACGUCACACAAGGAAAGGGUGACAAUUCUGUGUAACGAUUUAGAACCCAGUGACAUAAUUCUACAAGGUACAGGUGUAUUGUCAAUGUUUGGCAGAUGCGAUGCCUUAGGGCUAAACACAAAAUUACAGACCCAAAUGAGUUUCACGAGUAACAGAACCGAUAAGGAUUUUAUUCCCAGUGUAACACUGCAUUAUGAUUGCUGUGAGCAUUUAGGAUCCAGAGUAAAGCUCGAUACAAUGAAAUUCAUACCUGACGUACCAUUGAAAAAUAUUUUAGGUCAUUCAAAUGCGUUUAAAUACGCUAGUCACUCUGUUGACCAGGUAGAACAAUUAAUAAUUCAAAAUGAAGCUGAACUGAACAGAGACCAUAAAAUUGAUCAUUUGAAAUUCCUUUCCUACCUGGGAAUAACAACUAUGGUAGUCAUGAUGUUAUUAAUCUGUUGUUGUUUCUGUAAAAAGUGUAACUUGUUGAAAAGGCUUUUGGACGAUGACUGUUGUGGCAGAAUCUGUAUACGCCAAACGGUCAUAAAUCAAAGAGAACUCAAAUCAUCAGAUGAAAAUAUAACAGAUAGAUUUCUUGACCAGGAGACUCGCAGCCAGAGCCUGCGAUCGCUCCCAGCUGCAACAAGCCUUGAGAUGACAGAAUUGGAUCCAGUACCAACGGUAAGCACCCACUCAGGGGUGCGUAAGACUUAUAAACGUAGAUGGUAGAUUUAUGUUUCUGUAAUCUGUAGUAUAUAUAGCCUAUAUUUGUGUUGGGAAACAUUAGCACCUGUUUUUGCAAAUGUUUCCAUCUUAAGGGGGGAGGUGUUGCGGGGUUCGCAACCCUUUUUAAAUUUUUUAAUUUUAGGAACUUGAGUCUGAUGUCUGGGGUCAUGCCCUCUACUAAAUUAACAGCACGUCAAGAGGUUGACCUGCUUCCUCAGAGAAAAAAUGUUAUAUCUACCCCUGCCAUUCCAUAAAUUAGUGGGGUCCUGGAAUGUUUCGUCUGGGACCUAUCCUUCAACACCAGCUGGUGUAAUGUGAUCUGCGUGAGGGUUCAUGUCUCGAGAUAUUGGUCUGCAAGUUUAGUUUUAGAUAGGUUUUAAGAAGAAGAGGAAAGUUGGAGGGUGCAUUUUGUCUGGGUUGGGGCUAUGGGAAGGCUGGCCAGGCUUACGUCCACCAGCGCUUGUAUGUAAUAUACACUAAGAAUCAAUAAAUCCUCUAUUAUCUGUAGUGAGUAUUUGCUCUUUGUGGUUGGAAUACCCGCUCCAGCAGCCAACUGACCAUCGCCAACACUGAAUUAUUACGCUACCGCUCGGCCAACAUAAUUCAG